AUGGAAGAGCAAAAUGAGAGAGCUUCAACAAUUGACCCAUUAAAGACUAAUUUAAAAGAAUUCGACUGGAGAUUUGAGGUUCAAUUAGCUGGAAGGGCUACUGAGGACACAAUCAAUCCAAGAAUAUUGCUCUCACUCCCCCCCUUUUAAAUUGGAACAAAAUAUCGGUAAAAUUUCCACUUUUUUUGGUAAAUUAACCCCCCUUUAAAUUGGAACUAAAUUUAAUUUUAUAAAAAAAAUUAUAUAUAAAUUUUUAUCUAAAAAGUUUUAAUAUAAAUUAAAUGUUUCUUAUUAACUAAAUUAAAAAUUUAAUUAUAUCUUGCUCUUUUUUAAAGAUAAAAGUAUAAAGAGCAUCUUAUUUAAAUAAAUUUAUUAUCCUUGAUUGUAAAUUUUAAAAAAAAAAUUAAUUUUUUUUUUUUAAAAAAUUUUCAAAAAAAUUUUGUUUUUUUUGAUAAAAAUGAUAUUUUUUAUUUAAAUAGUUUUGAUAUAAAUUCAAUAGGAAUUCUUUAUAAAAUUUAAAAAAAUUUACUUAUUUCUUACUUUAUUUUAAAGAAUAGAGUAUAUAAUAACAUCUUAUUUAAACAGAAUUAGCACUUUGAUCGAUAAAUUUUCUAAAAUUUUUUUUUUUAAUUUUUUUUAUCAAUAAAAAUAAUAGUUUUUUUGUGUAAAUAAUUUUGAUACCAAUUAAUAGUGGCGUAUUAACUAAUAAUGAAAAUUUAGUUAUAUCUUGCUUUGUUUUAAAGGAUAAAGAGUAAAUAGCAUUUUAUUAAACAAAUUUAUUAAUCUAAUUCGAUAAGUUUUGGAAUUUUUUUUUUUUUUAAAUUUUUAUAUAUUUUAUAAAAAAAUUUAUAUUGAUAUUUUUUUUAAAAAAAAAAAUAACCCCCCUUUAAAUUGGAACAAAAUUUUUAGUUCCAAUUUAAAGGGGGGGGGGAGUCAGUUGAAACAGAUAAAGAAAAGAGAAUCAUCGAAAGUGAUUAUGCCAAUUUAAGAAACCUUUACCAGCAGCUCAAUUCAGCUCUCAAUUCAUUUGAUUCAAUUCGUGCUAAAAAGGCAGAAAAAUUCUUAACCCAGUCAAAGACAUUAUAG